AUGACGGACACAAAAGUGCUUUCCAAAACAGCAGCAACAACAGACUACGAACCAGACCCAACAUCCUACUCCUCCUACCAACGCGACAUUUACUCCUCCCUCCACCCCCCCAAAUACUCCACCAAACCCUCACAAUGGGAAGCCAGCGCCCGCGCCGCAAUCCCCUUACCCAACUUCCUCUACGUCGCCGGUUCCGCCGGUAGCGAAGAUACCUACCGCUCCAACCUCUCCGCCUUCAGGCGGUACCGCCUCCGCCCCAAGAUGCUCGUCCCCGUCACCCGGCGCGACAUGAGCGUCACCCUCUUCGGCACCAGAUACCCCAGCCCGCUCCUCGCAGCCCCCAUCGGCGUGCAGGAAAUCCUGCAUCAAGACGGCGAAGAAGCAACAGCGCGUGCCUGCGCCGCCGCGAAAAUCCCCAUGAUACUAUCCACAGCCGCAACCCGCAGCAUCGAGCAAGUCGCCGCCGCCAACGGCGCAGAGGGGGACCGGUGGUUCCAACUGUACUGGCCAAAGCCCUCAGCGGAAGCCUUCACCGCGUCCCUCCUGUCGCGCGCGUGGGGAAACGGAUACAAAGUCCUCGUCGUAACCCUCGAUACCUUUAUCAUCGGCUGGCGCCCCAACGACCUCGAUGCCUCGUAUCUGCCCUUUGUCUGGGGCCAGGGCUGCCAAGUCGCCUUCUCGGACCCGGUCUUCAACCAGCUGUUCGCAGAAGAACAGGCGCGGGAUACGCGGUCGGCGGCGGACAAGGUCGCGGAGAUUUGGCAGAUUCUUAAGAGACCCGGGAGUAUUGGGGGUGCGGCCAAGGUGCUGGCGCAUGCGUCGGUCAUGAAGAAGGCGCUGUUUUUUACCAGUCUGGUGGCGUCGGGUACGUAUAGGGAUUGGAGUCAGCUUGAGAAGCUUAAGGCGCUAUGGAAGGGGCCGAUUGUGCUCAAGGGGAUUCAGACGGUGGAGGAUGCGCAUCGGGCGAUUGAGUAUGGGAUGGAUGGUAUUGUGGUAUCGAAUCAUGGGGGCCGCCAGCUUGACGGCGCGAUUGGAUCGCUUGAUGCGCUGGCGGAGAUUACGGCGGAUGAGAAGGUAAAGGAGAGUGAUUUGACGGUUCUUUUUGAUUCGGGGAUUAGGACUGGAUCGGAUGUACUCAAGGCGCUGGCGCUGGGCGCAAAGGCGGUGCUUGUAGGUCGUCCGUAUGCGUAUGGACUUGCUAUGGGGGGUGAAGAGGGUGUGAAGCAUGUCCUGGACUGUAUACUGGCCGAUACUGACAAUUCGCUUGCGAAUCUGGGUAAGAAGAGUUUGGCGGAUUUGAGCAGAGAAGACCUGAGGGUUUUGCAAGAGGUUGCAAAGUUGUAA